GUUGCAAGGCCAAGAGCGCUGUCAAGAAGGAAGGCCACACCCCCUCCUCCAGCAGCUGCUAGCUAGCCGCAACUCCAGCAGGACAAACCGCCAGUCACAAGGCAGCUUUGAGAACUUCAGGAUGCAGCUGUCUCCAGUCUUCGCCUGCCUGGCGCUGGGCCUGGCCCUCCUCUUUGGUGAAGGGUCCACCCUACACCCGCAUGAGUCCCAGGCAGCCCAACUGGCCACAGACUUUGGAGUGAAGGUGUUUCAGCAGGUGGCCCGGGCCUCCAAGGACCGCAAUGUGGUCUUCUCUCCCUACGGGGUGGCCUCAGUGCUGGCCAUGCUGCAGGCCACCACUGGAGGAGAAACCCGGCAGCAGAUUCAAGCAGCAAUGGGAUUCAAAAUUAAUGAGAAGGGCAUGGCCCUGGCCCUCCGACAACUGUACAAGGAGCUCAUAGGGCCGUGGAACAAGGAUGAGAUCAGCACCAUGGACGCCAUCUUCGUCCAGCGGGAUGUGAAGCUGGUCCAGGGCUUCAUGUCCCGCUUCUUCAGGCUGUUCCGGAGCACAGUCAAGCAGGUGGACUUCUCAGAGGUGGACAGAGCCAGAUUCAUCAUCAACGACUGGGUGAAGAGACACACGAAAGGUAUGAUCGGUGACUUACUUGGCAAAGGGGCUGUGGACCAGCUGACGCGCCUGGUGCUGGUGAACGCCCUCUACUUCAAUGGCCAGUGGAAGACACCCUUCCCGGAGUUGGCCACCCACCACCGCCUCUUCCACAAGUCUGAUGGCAGCACUGUCUUUGUGCCCAUGAUGUCUCAGACCAACAAGUUUAACUACACUGAGUUCACUACCCCCGAUGGCCACUACUAUGACAUCCUGGAGUUGCCCUACCAUGGGGAGACCCUCAGCAUGUUCAUCGCAGCUCCCUAUGAGAAAGACGUGCCCCUCUCUGCCCUCACCAACAUUCUGGAUGCCCAACUCAUCAGCCAGUGGAAAGGCAACAUGACCAGGCUGCCCCGCCUCCUGGUUCUGCCCAAGUUCUCCCUGGAAACUGAAGUUGACCUCAGGAAGCCCCUGGAGGACUUGGGGAUGACCGACAUGUUUAGCCCCAUCCAGGCGGACUUCACGAGUCUCUCAGUCCAAGAGCUUCUCCACGUGUCACAAGCACUGCAAAAAGUCAAGAUCGAGGUGAACGAGAGUGGCACGGUGGCAUCCUCCUCCACAGCCAUUCUGGUCUCAGCCCGCAUGGCGCCUGAGGAGAUUGUCAUGGACCGACCCUUCCUCUUUGUGGUUCGGCACAAUCCCACAGGGGCAGUCCUUUUCAUGGGCCAAGUGAUGGAGCCCUGACCCGAGGACAAGAAGCUGCCAUCUGGGACUAAACUGGAGAUGUAUCGAAAAAGAAGGAACCAACUCCGGAGAAAGGAAUUUUUGUUUUGAUGACUCUUUCUGGAGAGAGAGAGAAGGCAUUUGUCUCUUUUUACCCCCAGUGGUAAAUUCUGUCCAGUUGACCUCCUAGACCUCGGCCUCUCUCAGGAGUGGGAGGAUCUUCGCGUCCAACCCCCCAGCUGGAGAGACCCCUGCAGCACGAAGGUCUCCAGGCCAGACCGUAAAACCCGCAGAUCCUCCGGCGCAGCUGCAUCUGCCCAUCUCCCUGCCGGCUCGGCCUUCAGCCCCGGGUCCCACGGAGGCCCUGGCAGAAGGGAACCAAGGGGCUUGCAGAAGCCUGUGAGCUCCUAGGAACCAUUUGUGUUCCAGUCACGCUGCUGUCACUCUUGCGCUGUCUGCCACCCCUGCCGAGGCUGGCGACAGGCCAGAGAAGGCCCUCGGAAGGCGCUUUCAUCUCCACGUCCACGCUGGCACUGACAGCGUCCCGGGGCCCCGGACAGCAGACCGCAGGCCCACCGCGCUGAGCCUCCCCGCCCCCACCCUCCCCAGAAGCAUCCUGCAUAUGUUAUUUUGGAGUGUAGGUGACUUGUUUACUCAUAGAAGCAGGUUUUUGCUUCCCAUAAACUUUAUUUUUGUAGGAAUAGAGGAAGAAAGGUCAGAUGUGUGCCCGGCUCCUCACCCAGACCUCCUUCCUGGUGGCCAGGGUGGGCCGCCAGGGGUGUGUUUGAGUAUUUAUCUCAGCCUUGCCCUUGUGGGCAAGAAAGAGGGCUAAGGAAAAAGCGUUAUUUAGACUUGCACGUAGUGUUCCUCCGAGGGCUGUGUCAUGUGUCCCCGAGCCUGGCACUCCACCCUCACCCCCUGUGGGCACUGCGUGGUGGUGGAGUGCACACUGCCACCUUGUGGCUGCCUGACCCCACAGCGCCUCUCUUCCACUUGAUGGAUUUAGGGCCCCUGCCAAGGUGGUCAAAUCGCAGACCCCUUUGGGUACCAAAAGGAUGGGGUGGGUGAGAGAGACCCGAGGGGGGACAGGAUGGCUUCAGAUUUUUCCAAUGUAUUUCGGAGCAGAAAUGCAAGGCUCUGCAUGACCUACCAGGACAGAACUUUCCCCAAUUACAGGGUGACUCACAGCCGCAGUGGUGACUCACUUCAAUGUGUCAUUUCCGGCUGCUGUGUGUGAGCAGUGGACACGUGAGGGGGGGGCGGAUGGAGGAGACAGCUAGCUCGGACUCAACCACCUCCCUUAAUUCAUCUUUUUGAAAACCGACCAGCUGGGGUACAGCACGAAGACCCAUCUAUUGAAGAAUGUCAUCUCAUGGAAGCUGAGUCAUCCCGCCACCCUCUUCUCUGAAAUAGCCUCAUUCACUGUUUUUUGUUUGUUUGUUUGUUUGUUUGUUUCUGAAUUCAUUAUGCACUGGACAGUGACAGUCACCAUAGGAGUCCCCAAACGUGGGGCCGAACGUUCUCGAAGUUGUGUUGAAUUAUAUGCUUUUUCACUUUUGAUAUAUAAGUAAAAAAAAUUUAUUUAAAAAAAAUAAAAUAAGUUCAAAGAA